CAUGAAUAACUUGGCACACGAAAAUUCGUCCAUCAAACCUUGCUUUGGAAUAGCACAAUUUGAACCCUUUCAAGAUGCUUAGCUUUCUUGCAAAUUACGCCAACAAUUACCGGUAUUGCCGGCCUAUAACCGACAUGCGGGGUCCCCACGUCAAGUACAUCAUGACUGCGCUGUCUGCAAUUGAUACUUUAACUCCUCUGUCAUUGUAUUUGGAAGAAUGAAACGUUCUCAGCGAGUAAUUGGGAACGCGCACCAGGCGCUCCACAGAUCACCUCGUCAUGGCGUCUCACCCUCUUUGAGGAGAUCUUACGUUACGGAGACACAGAGGAGAAGGGCCACACCGGUAGCUGAUAGAGGAUUAAGUUAUCCUCUUAUUAAUCACCACUAUGACGCAAUUGUGGUUGGAGCGGGCGGUGCUGGCCUUCGAGCGGCGGUUGGCCUCGCAGAAUCUGGUCUUGAUACAGCAUGUAUCAGCAAGCUGUUUCCUACCAGAUCACAUACCGUUGCCGCUCAAGGAGGUAUAAAUGCCGCUCUUGGUAACAUGACUGAAGACGAUUGGAGAUGGCACCACUACGACACAGUCAAAGGCAGUGAUUGGCUCGGCGACCAGAAUGCGAUUCACUACAUGACCCGAGAAGCCAAUGCCGCCAUCUACGAACUAGAGAAUUAUGGCAUGCCAUUUUCCAGAACAGAAGAAGGACGCAUCUACCAACGGGCUCUUGGUGGUCAGUCCUUGAAGUAUGGAACAGGAGGGCAAGCGUAUCGGACCGCUUGUGCUGCUGACAGAACUGGCCAUGCUCUACUUCAUACUCUGUAUGGGCAGAGCUUGAAGCACAAUACCAACUUCUUCAUUGAGUAUUUUGCGUUGGAUCUGUUGAUGGUUGACGGUGCUUGUGUGGGAGUUUUAUGUCUAAGCAUGGAAGAUGGCACACUUCAUCGGAUAUUCGCAAAGAAUACUGUUCUGGCAACUGGAGGCUAUGGAAGAGCUUAUUUCUCGUGCACUUCAGCGCACACUUCGACUGGAGACGGGAAUGCGAUGGUAGCAAGAGCCGGACUGCCAAAUCAGGACAUGGAGUUCGUCCAGUUUCAUCCUUCCGGGAUCUAUGGAGCAGGAGUUUUGAUUACGGAAGGUGCUCGAGGAGAAGGCGGAUAUCUACUGAAUGCCAAUGGAGAGCGUUUCAUGGAGAGAUAUGCUCCUACAGCAAAAGAUCUAGCAUCCCGAGACGUAGUGUCCAGAUCAAUGAACAUGGAAAUCAAGGAGGGUAGAGGAUGCGGACCCGAGAAAGAUCAUGUUUACCUUCAAUUGUCCCACCUGCCACCAGACAUCAUCAAAGAACGGCUGCCAGGAAUUGCCGAAACAGCGAACAUCUUCUCAGGUAUUGACAUCACCAAAGAACCCAUCCCCGUUCUCCCAACAGUACAUUACUGCAUGGGUGGCAUUCCGACGAAUUAUCAGGGCCAAGUCUUGUCGAUUGCUGACGACGGGUCCGAGAAGACAGUUGAUGGUCUCUAUGCGGCAGGAGAAUCGGCAUGUGUCUCAGUUCAUGGAGCGAACAGACUCGGUGCAAACUCACUCCUCGAUAUUGUGGUGUUUGGACGAGCAUCCGCUCUCCAUAUCGCUGAGAACAACGAAAAAAGUUCACCUCACGUCGAAGCACCAGAAGACAUUGGCAAAGAGUCCUUGGCAGAUUUGGAAAGGAUACGGAUGGCAUCGGGCGAUAUUCCUAGUGCAAAAUUACGAAUGGACAUGCAGAAGGCAAUGCAGACCGACGUCGCUGUUUUCAGGACCGAGGGCUCCCUCGCGACAGGUGAUUCCGCAGUCCAACAAGUCGAAAAAGACUUUGCAGGGCGUCUCAGCGUCAGCGAUCGGAGUCUAAUCUGGAACAGCGAUUUGAUCGAGACAUUGGAGAUGAGAAACCUUUUGACCUGUGCAAGUCAGACUGCGAAGAGUGCUUUGCUGAGGAAGGAGAGUCGAGGAAGUCAUGCGAGAGAAGACUUUCCUGACAGAGACGAUCCGGGUUUCUUGAAACAUACUUUGAGCUGGCAGAAAGAGGGUGAAGACGUCAGGAUCGGGUACAGGGAUGUGGUGAUGAGGACCUUGGAUGAGAAGGAAUGUGCUAGUGUGCCGCCGAAGAAGAGAUCAUACUGAAACGAUGGAUCUAAAGUCUUGUGUCUGCAAUUGUACAUAUACGGAAGGGAAAACAGUUCAAUUGCACAGAAUAGUAUAUUUGCUGAUGUUGCACUGAGACUACCACUAAAUGCAGCU